AUGACUCAGUGUAUAUUCAGUGUUAUUCUAAUAACUUUAUUCACCCAAUUUUUCCUUCAGGAAAAGCUUCAGAACGCUGUGACAAAUUUGAGGCAACUAGAAGAGGAAUGUAUGAAACUGAAGGUGUUCACAACAAAGCAAAUAAGCGAGUGGAAUGAGAAGAUAGAGAUUCAGAAACAAAAAAUCCAGUCUGACUUUAAGGUUCUUCAGAGAUUCCUACAAGAAGAGGAGAAGUCCCAUCUGUGGAGACUGCAGAAAGAGAAAGAGCAGACUCUAAAGAGACUGAGAGAUAACAAGGCCACUCUGGAACAGAAGAGCCAAGAACUCAAGAGUCACAUCCUGGAACUAGAGGAGAAAUGUCAGGGCUCAGCCCAGAAGUUGCUGCAGGAUGUGAAAGACACUUUGCACAGGAGUUGGGCUAUGACGUUGGAAAGACCAGAGGCCCACUCUUUGGAGCUUGAUACUGUGUGCAGUGUUUCUGAGCUUUAUUUUGAUGUGAAGAAAAUGUUAAGGAGCUAUCAAGUCAAUGUGACUCUGGAUCCAGAUACAGCUCAUCGUGAGCUAAUUCUGUCUGAGGAUCGGAGACAAGUGACUCGUGGAUGCCUCCAGGAGAAUCUGGACAACUCUUCUAAGAGAUUUAGGAUCUUACCCUGUAUUCUGGGCUGUGAAGGCUUCACUUCAGGGAAACAUUACUUUGAAGUGGAUGUGGGAGAAGGAACUGGGUGGGACUUAGGAGUCUGUCUGGACAAUGUUCAGAGGGACGUUGGUCUGAUACAGGAGCCUCAGUCUGGAUUCUGGGUCAUUAGACUAUGCAAAAAGAAAGGCUACUUAGCACUUACCUCUCCCAUAACUUCCCUUUAUCUGAGGGAGAAGCCCCUGGUUGUGGGGGUUUUUCUGGACUGUGAUGUCGGAGUUGUAUCCUUUUACAACAUGACCACUGGAUCCCACAUCUUUACCUUCCCAAAGGCUUCCUUCUCUGAUACUGUCCGGCCCUAUUUCCGGGUUUAUCAACAUUCUCCUUUGUUCUUGCCUCCCCCAGAUGAGUAAGGAAAGAAGUAAAAUCUCCUUCUUGGUUUAACUAGCAUAGAAAAUAUAAUGUCAGCCCUGUGAGGGCAGAAAUUUGGUCUGUUUUCUUCACUUCUGGUACUCAGAACAGUCCUGGGCUUUUAGUGGCUACUUAAUACUUCUGCUUUGAAUGAA